AUGAUGCUUGAUCUGAAGCAGAUUGCGGCCGUCCUCCUGGCUUCGGCCUCUGUGGCCCAGGCCGCCGUUCAAGGCUUCGAUAUCUCCCACUACCAGUCCAGCGUCAACUUUGCGGCGGCAUAUAACUCCGGUGCUCGCUUCGUCAUGAUCAAGGCCACCGAAAGCACCACCUACACCGACCCUUCCUUCUCCAGCCAUUACACCGGUGCCACCAAUGCUGGUUUGAUCCGCGGUGGUUACCACUUCGCCAUCCCUAGUGACAGCAGCGGCGCCACACAGGCCAAGUACUUCCUCGCUCACGGUGGAGGCUGGUCCAACGACGGCAUCACCCUUCCCGGUAUGCUGGACAUCGAGUACAACCCCUAUGGCGCCACAUGCUACGGACUCAGCGCCUCGCAGAUGGUCUCGUGGAUUUCCGAUUUUGUCGAGACCUACAAGAGCAGCACCGGUCGGUAUCCGAUGAUCUAUACCACCGCUGACUGGUGGAACACCUGCACGGGCAACAGCAGAUCUUUUACUGAGUGUCCGCUGGUCUUGGCUCGGUACUCCAGCUCUGUUGGCACGAUUCCAGGCGGAUGGCCGUAUCAGUCCUUCUGGCAGAACUCGGAUAGCUAUACCUAUGGUGGGGACUCGGAGAUUUGGAACGGCAGCUUGGAUAACCUCAAGUUGUUCGCCAAGGGUUAG